AAGAAAGAAAGAAGAAAAUAUUGUGUGAAAGCUGCCUGUUCCGGAGCAACGGGCGAACUGGCGCCCCAUCCUCGUCGCAUCUGAAUCCCUUCUGCCCCCAUGCCAGAGGCGUAGUUUCCAACUUGCGUUGUCACGUGAUGUCCAAGUCGCGGUUGGAAAUUGAAAUGUUCCGCGAUUUACCAGUCGCUGGACAUCCUCUGGCCCGUCCACAUAAACGAGGAUCCAACCUCGGUUAUUAUCUCGCGUUAUAUCCGACGCAUUUUUUCGCUUUCCCUCGCUGCGGAUGUGUCUCAUCUGGAGAAAUCAGCGACCACGAAAGGAAAUCAACAAACGCAGUAGUCAGAAUUUUUUAAGGAAAAAACGAUCUUUAUUCGUUGCGUGAUAAGAGAUUAAGCAAGAAACAAAAUGGAGAACGCGAAGGAGGAGACGAUAAACAUGCAGCUGAUCGGUUCCGAAAGUCCGUACAAAGUUAAUAAUGAAAUCGCCGGAAGUGGUCUAAAUGCAUCGGAAGUCCCAAUAUCGCAGACCACAAACGUAGAAGACUACGAUCCCCACAAACAUCGAAAUAGGCCAAAUCCGACAUCGAACGCAGAGACUCUGAUACAUUUGUUAAAAGGAAGUUUGGGCACCGGUAUCCUGGCGAUGCCGAACGCGUUCCGCAACAGUGGCCUUGUGACCGGUGUAAUAGCAACAGUGAUCAUAGGGGUGCUGUGCACCUAUUGUUUGCACGUGUUAGUGAAAGCUCAGUACAAACUGUGUAAACGGUUAAGAGUUCCUAUAUUGAGUUAUCCGCUGAGCAUGAAAUACGCUCUCGAGGAAGGGCCCGGGUGUGUCCGAUGGUUCGCACCCUAUGCACCGAUUAUCGCAUUGGAGAACAAUAUGAAGACGCCACAAUAUUUUGGAGGAUACUGUGGCGUAUUGAACAUAGGAAUGACGGUUAUAGUGGCCCUCUACAUUAUCAUGGGAUUCUUUGGUUACAUAAAAUAUGGAUCCAGUGCUGAGGGUAGCGUUACUUUUAAUUUACCCUCCGAAGAAAUUAUGGCACAAAGUAUCAAAAUAAUGUUCGCAAUCGCUAUUUUUAUCACGCAUGCCCUUCAAGGAUAUGUUCCAGUCGAUAUUAUUUGGAACACUUAUCUGGAUCAAAAGAUACAGAAGAGAAAAAUCUUCUGGGAAUAUGUUUGUCGAACUAUCAUCACUUUGAGCACGUUCACAUUGGCCAUCACCAUUCCCAGACUGGGUCUCUUCAUCUCUUUAUUCGGCGCCCUCUGCCUCUCCGCCCUUGGCAUCGCGUUUCCAGCCAUCAUCGAGAUCUGCGUCCUCUGGCCGGACCGUGACUUGGGACCCUGCAUGAUAAUGCUCGUAAAAAAUCUCCUGCUGAUCAUAUUCGGUCUCCUGGGACUUGUGAUCGGCACAUACGUGAGCAUGGUCGACAUAAUAAAGUCAUUCAAGUGACUUCAUCAUUUCAAGUGAGGCCUUCGAUCGAUAUCAAUUCAAGAACGAUCGAAGGAAGGCAGACAGAUGGGGAUGAGAGGAGAGCAGAAGGGUUAAAUGAAAAAAAAAAAAGCAGUUUGGACACGCUUGUUCGAGUAUCGAGGACGAGGCUUCGUCACAGUUUUAUAGCUUAAUGUGAGCGGCGCCUUUUUAGGUAGUCAGGUACCUCCAAAGCGGCUGGAAGUCUUUCUUUUAGUGGAAAAUCGCGAGGAUGCAUUCUGGAAAUGCUUCUCGUUAGUGCACGUAGGUCGAGUUUAGAUGUUUUAUUAAGAUGGAGAGUCGUGCAGUGUUGGAUAAAAGAGAGAGGAAACACGAUUAAUGGAGAAUUUAAUUGCUUGGAGUUUGAUUUUGCAAAGUGUUGGAUAAAUUUAUUAAUUUAAUCGUUGCUGUUUGAUAGUGGAUAAUUAGGCUGUUAAGAUAAUAAGCGUUUAUGAUUCUUCUAUUCAAAUUUAAUUCUAAUCGUAUUUUUAAUGAAAUUAAUCAUUCCUCCCUUUCGAAUUAGAAAUAUUAGAUCGAAUAUUGUCCAUUAAGAAUAUUUCGCGUUUUUUCGCAAAGAGGAAUGCCCUCGAACACGGUGCCUAUAUAAAUGAUUAAAUGCCUAGCUCACCUUAGUCGCACUGCCUGAGAGUAUUUUGAGAAGAACGAAUUAAACGUUCUUCGAGUUGCUCCGUUUAUUCGAAAGUAUCUUAAAUAAAUAAUAAAAGGCUAAGUAGACAACUCGUAAGAUUAAUAUAUAUAUAUUGUAGAAAAUUAAAAUUAAGUCGAGCAAUUUUAUAAACUAAAUCGAAAGGGAGGAAUUAUCACGAAUUAACAAGAUCCAUUUAUGAAUUUCAAAAAUUUUUUUACGAUAAAAUAUUUGUUUGCAUCGAUGUAAUUUUCAACAUUAAUUAUAAUGAUGUUUUAUUUUUAAUUUUUAAAUGACGCCCAGCACUGGACACAGAACGCUCUUCGAAGAAAAAAAGAAACUAAAAAAAAAAAUAAAUAAAUAAAUAAAAAAAAAGAAUAAAAAAGAAGUGAAAGAAAUAUCGUGACAAAACGAAACCUGUGAUCGAAGAUUUUAUAAAACGAAUGUUGCAUUUCUAUCGAAUUUGUUGAUUAUUGUUGAAAGAGUUUACAGAUAUAUAUACAUAUAUAUAUAUAUAUAUAUAUAUAUAUGGACGUUAAUUAUUUUUCGAAAAUGAAAAAAGAAUAAUUGCGAAGUCGUUCGAGAGUCUUUCUUUCGUUCUCGGUGAUACGAGUACUUAUGCUCAUCUUACCGGAUGUUCCUACAUCCAGUGUGAUUCAGAUGUUGAAAAGGAAAUUUAUUAUUUUUUUUUUUAUCAAUUUUGUGACAAUUGGAAACGGUAUCAAAAUAAGAAAAAGAGAAAAAUAAGAACUCGUAAUUAUAAAAGUAAAGAAAAAUAUGUAUAGUCAAUGACUAUUAUAUUAUAUAUUAAAGUAAAAAGAAAUGUAAUUUCGAACUAAGAUAUUAUAUAAUCGUGACUAUAGAAUAGAAGAAAGGCUGUACUGUCAAGAAUUACAUAUGAAUUAUAUUUUUAA